AUAGGCGUUGAAGCCAAUUAAAAUCCUGCUAAAAAUGGCGGAAAUCUUCGACACUCACGUCAACAACAAACAUGGCGUUUUUAGGGUUUCAAUGUGCGGUGGCACUCAAGAACUCGAACAGAUGUCCCGAGACGGUAGCCACAGCCACAGCCAGUACAGUCUCACCACCGCUAUCCUACCCUCCCUCGGUGCUCGCAGCAACCGCCGUGUUAAACUCCGCAAUUUCAUCAUAUCUCCCUACGAUCGCCGUUACAGGGCGUGGCAGACAUAUCUAGUCGUUUUGGUCCUGUACACCGCGUGGGUAUCCCCGUUUGAAUUCGGAUAUCUGAAAAGACCGCGACGACCACUCUCGAUCAUUGACAACGUUGUCAACGGAUUCUUCGCAAUUGAUAUUUUCCUUACAUUCUUCUUAGCUUACCUUGACAAAAGUAGCUACCUUCUUGUGGACGAUCGAAAGAAGAUCGCUUGGAGAUAUAUACGCACUGGGUUGGUGUUCGAUGUCAUUUCCACUAUUCCUUCUGAGUUAGUUACAAAACUCUCCAGUGGUGACUUUCAAACCUAUGGCUUGUUUAACAUGUGUCGACUCUGGCGGUUGCGCAGAGUUAGUUCCUUAUUCGCAAGAUUGGAGAAAGAUAGGAACUUCAACUACUUCUGGGUCAGAUGUGCCAAGCUUAUUGCUGUUACACUUUUCGCGGUGCAUUGUGCUGGUUGCUUCUACUAUUACCUUGCAGCUCAUUACCCGAAUCCGGGUAAGACUUGGAUCGGGUACGGUAAUGAGAAUUUCGAGAAAGAAAGUUUAUGGAUUCGCUAUGUGACAUCUAUGUAUUGGUCAAUUACGACGUUGACCACUGUCGGAUACGGUGAUCUACAUGCGCAAAACAGGAGGGAGAUGAUAUUCGUCAUAUGCUAUAUGCUUUUUAAUCUCGGAAUGACAUCGUAUUUGAUCGGUAACAUGACCAACUUGGUUGUUCAUGGAACCAGCAAAACUAGACAAUUUAGGGAUACGAUCCAGGCUGCUUCAAGUUUCGCGCAGAGAAAUCAGUUGCCAGCUCGUUUGCAAGAUCAAAUGCUUGCACACUUGUGCUUGAAAUUUAGAACCGAUUCAGAGGGACUUCAGCAACAAGAGAGCCUCGAUUCGCUACCGAAAGCCAUUCGAUCGAGCAUUUCUCAUUUUCUUUUUUAUUCGCUUUUAGAUAAGGCUUACUUAUUUCACGGCGUGUCGAACGACUUGCUUUUUCAGCUGGUUUCGGAAAUGAAAGCCGAAUAUUUUCCGCCAAAGGAAGAUGUCAUCUUGCAGAACGAAGCACCAACCGAUUUCUAUAUUCUCGUUUCGGGAGCAGUAGAACUCGUGCACACGAUAAAUGGAGUUGAACAUGUCGUCGGGGAAGCUAAUAAAGGCGAACUUUGUGGUGAGAUUGGGGUGCUUUGUUACAGACCACAACUCUUUACAGUUCGAACCAAACGGUUAAGCCAGUUACUUCGGUUGAACCGCACUACGUUUCUGAACAUUAUUCAAGCUAAUGUCGGUGAUGGGACCGUUAUCAUGAACAACCUUCUCAAGCAUUUGAAAGAAAUAAAUGAUCCGAUUAUGGAGGGGGUCUUACUAGAAACCGAGCAUAUGCUGGCGCGCGGUAGGAUGGACUUGCCGUUGAGUUUAUGCUUUGCGACACUUAGGGGAGAUGAUCAUUUACUGCAGAAGUUGUUAGAACGCGGUCUUGAUGCUAAUGAGUCCGACAACAACGGAAGAACAGCCUUGCACAUAGCGGCGUCACAAGGAAAUAUUAACUGUGUCCUGCUGCUGCUAGAUUAUGGAGCUGAUCCAAAUAGUAGAGAUUCAGAAGGUAAUGUUCCAUUAUGGGAAGCCAUGCUAGGAAACCAUGAACAAGUGAUCACAGUCUUAAAAGACAACGGCGCCACCUUAUUAUCCGGCGACGUCGGACAAUUUUCGUGCACUGCCGCCGAGCAAAACAAGCUAGACAUGCUAAAACAAAUCAUCAAACACGGCGGAGAUGUAACCAUCCCGAAAACGAACGGCUCAACAGCCCUCCACGUGGCAGUUUGCGAAGGCAACAUCGAGAUGGUGAAAUUUUUAUUAACCCAAGGCGCCAACAUCGACAAACCGGACGACCACGGUUGGACCCCGAGAGACCUAGCAGACCAACAAGGCCACCACGAUAUUAGAAAACUGUUUUUAUCGUUUAAGUCAACAGACAAAGACUACACAGAGUUGACCAAAACGGCGUCACUCAUGCCAUUUCAACGAGCCGAGUCGCGACACGUUCAGUUUCUUGGACGGUUUAAAAGUGACCCCAUGUUGAUCCGGCCCGUUUACAAAGAUGGGGACCACGAGGGUCAUUUGAGUCAACCUCGUCAAAGACGAAGGGUUAACAAUUUUCAUAACUCACUGUUCGGAAUAAUGUCGAACAGUGAGAAAAGCGUUGACUUGGUCUCUCCUCGGAUGACACAGUUUGUUAAAGAGCGAAACUGUCGGGUGGUGGUUAGUUGUCCUAAGAAAGGCGAUGUUGUCGGGAAGCUUGUGCUUUUGCCGCAAACGUUCCAAGAGUUGUUGGAUAUUGGUGUUAGGAAGUUCGGUUUCGUCGCGUCUAAGGUUAUGAACAUGGAGGGUGCUGAGAUUGAUGAGAUUGAGUUGAUUAGAGAUGGUGAUCACUUGGUUUUUGAUAGUGAAGAUGGUCCAAGUGGUCAACAGGUUGAUGGUCAGAAUCUAAGAUGACAGUUGGUCAGUUGGUUGGUCCAUCUUCCACUUUGUUUUAUAAUUUGUCAAUAUAUGACCAAAAGUCCAGAACAAUGCAAUUAUAAAUAUAUAUUAUAUACAAGAUCAGAUCUUUCUUCAUUAUCAUUUUGUACCCAGAGGAAAGAAAAAGAAAAUCUUGGAGAAAAUAUUGGAAAUAAGAAAAGAUAUUUUUGUU